UAUUUACAGAGAAAAUAAGGUAGUAGAAGUAACAUGUUUUUCCAGAUUCGAAUUCUUGUAUCCGUUUAUUGAAUUAUAAGAUACAUGACUAGAAACUCAUUAAAUGGAUUUUCACUUGAUAUAUUCAUCAAUUAUGCUUGAUGUUCUCAUUCUUGUUCAAUCAACCUGAUUUAGUCCCAAUCAAUGAUCCGUUGCUCUGUCAAUGUGAUUUGGAUUAAAGUACUACCAUAACUAAUCUCCCUGAAAUAACCUCAUUUCCAUUUUCUUCCAAUUUUAUUGGUGCUAUGUUGGUUAACAUACUUGCAAUGUUUUUAACAGAAAUAUAUAUAUGAUGUGUCCCUCUCGUAGAUUGUCUAAGAUAUCCAAAUAAAAUAAUACCUUACAUUCACACUCCUACUGUCUAUUUCAAAACAUUUCUUAUCCAAAUUCUCAAAAGAUAUAGUAAAUGCCAUUUUGGAAUCAUUUGUCUAAUCUCCAGUGAAAAUAUUUUUAAAAUCAAUGGAUUAUUAAAAAACUUAACAUAUAGACAUUUUUUGCCCACCCUGUAGAUACUUCGGCCUCCAUUUUGAAAAGCAUAAAUAUUUCCUAUACUUCAGUUUUAUAAGUAUCCUUUCUUCAAAUUAAGGAAAUAAUGCUAUAAAUAAUUAAAGAAGUAUAUCAUUAUUACUUUUGGACAUUAUUUCGCAAAGCCCAAGAGAUGCAUAGGCCGAAUAUUCAAAUCAAGUAGAAUAAACUAUUUGUAUAUUUUCAAGGGAAUAUCUUGAAGUGAUUUCCUGAGUUUUCAGCUUAAUCAAUGACUGAUGCUCCUAUAUUUGUGUCAAGAAACAAAUACAAAUAUUAGUAUAGAUUUCUUUCAACUUUAACAUCAAACAUGAUCACAUGUCAAAUAAUUGAUCACAUUAGACGUCAUCAUCAAAAAACUUUCCUCAAGUGUGACUAUUAGUAGACGGUUUGGUUUUGAACAAGACAUUUGAUUUGAUUCAGAAUGUUGAUGAGCUACAUUCUAGGGGUUCAUUUCUUCAUAGGUAUCUUUAUUCCUGAAGUAGUCGGGAUAAAGAUAAUCUCCUCUAAGCUGCAUAACAUCGAGUCUGAUCUGAAACUGAACGCACCUGUGAUGGAACUUUUAGGUGACAUAGGCACAAAACAACUUUGUAUGAUGAAAUGUGAAAUGACGGCAAAUUGUGGGGCUAUCAAUUAUCAUAAGCUGAAUGAGAACUGUGAGAUGAUUGAUGCAAAUAAUCUGCCCGCUACAGGACUUUUCGCUCCGGGAUGGAUACACAGCGAAGUUGUGUGUGAUUAUACAAUUAAACGAGACUGCUCAGAUCUGCUUUUGCAUGGUUGUUAUACAUCAGAUGGUGUGUAUUCCAUACAACCAGAUCCAAACCUGCCCGCUUUCGAGGUCUACUGUGAUAUGUCUGAUGGUGGUUGGACAGUGAUCCAGAAACGUUUUGAUGGCACCGUGUCAUUUUAUGAUAAACUUUGGCAAGCUUAUAAGAAUGGAUUCGGGGACCUGAAUGGCGAAUAUUGGCUCGGUAAUGAUAACAUCCAUACAUUAACAACCAGUGGAUCAUAUGAGAUCAAGUUCGACCUCCAGGACUAUUACGGUGUGUGGUUUGAUGCCUUGUAUGAAUCAUUCUCCAUCAAUGCAGAGAGCGAUAACUACAGAUUGUCUAUUGGGCCCUAUAUGUAUGGCACGACCACUGAUAGUAUCAACAUUGUUGUAGGUGGAAACACUGGAGCAAUCCUUAAUGGCCAAGAGUUUAGUACAGCUGAUCGGGAUAACGAUGCUGUAAGUUUCGAACAUUGCGUAGCUUGGCUUAAAUCAGGGGGAUGGUGGCAUAAGGGAUGUUCCUACGCCCGUCUGAAUUCCAAGUACAGCUUUGAUGGAGACUAUAUCUCAGAGCAGAAGGGAAUCCCAUGGCGACCAAUUACAGAAAAUGCAGGGAAGUCAUUAAAAGCUACAACUAUGAAAGUGCGACGGGGAGGAAUAUGAAGAAUAAACAUUUGAAGACAUGCUUAAAAAGAACUGAAUUUGAUAAAUGGAAUAUAUUGCCUAUACUGAACUGUUUAGAUCUUAAACAAUUAUUUGACUUAAAGAUAAUUGAGAAUGUGUGAAUUUGGCAGUAUUGAGCUUACUUUGUGUGUCUUGCUUGGCCAAUCAGAUCUCUGCAUUUGAUUUAUGAUAACCAGUCCUUCAAAUCAAUCAAUUAUCAUGUUUGAAAAAGUAGUAAUGGAGUAUAUAGUAAAUAGGUUCUACUAUUAUUGUCCAUGUUAUCAUUUUACUUUGUACAUAAUGGAAAUUUUUAUUGAGAGAUAUCAAUGAGAGUUGUAAAUACAUGUAUGAAUUGUUUGGGAAAUUAUGCAAACAAAUUGAAGGUCAAUCGACCGAUGAGCCUCAUAUUGUUUAAAUUACCUGCUGUUUCAAUUUAUUAAGACUCUUGCAGUCUUUUACUUGUAUUUAAUCUGUUAAGAAAAAAGGAAUUGCAAAAUGUAGUUCUAUAUAUUUUUGCUGUUAAAUGGAACUUUACUAGUAUCUGUAAAUGUAGCAACGA